AUGGGCAUUGCAAUGGAUCCUCCGCAGAGCGUCGAGUGGAACGGGACCAAGGUCCCCGUCUAUCCCAUGGAGACGGUCGACUACAGCCUUCUUCUCUCGCAGGACCCCGCCGAGGUGGAGAAAUUGGUGCGCUGCUGCGAGAAGGAGGGCUUCUUUUACCUUGACCUCAGGGGCAUUGAGGGACGCCGGGUUCUCGAGGACAAGGAAGCGACCCUUGACCUCAUGUAUCGUUUCUUUGACGCUCCCCUCGAGGCCAAGAACGAAUUCGGUCUCAUUGCUCCCCAUCUCGGAUACGAGCCCGUGGGCUCACGGCGGGGUGUCCUCGACGACACGAGGGACGGCUAUGAGAUGAUCAAGGUAUCCCGAGACGAGAUCCAGCGUGACAGCCCCAAGAUCCCCGCUGUGCUCAAGAACAGCCCGGACAUGAAGAUCCUCGAGCAUGCCAUUGCCAACUCCAACACCGUCACCAAGGUGAUCCUGUCGGCUCUGUCGACGGGGACGGGCCGCACGGGCGCGGACCGCUUCGAGAACAUGCAUCGCAACGACCGGCCCUCGACCAGCACGCUCGCCAUGAUGCACUACAUCCCCUCGGACCCGAGCAAGACCAAGAACAUUGGCCACCAGAAGCACACCGACAUCAGCUCCCUGACGCUACUCUUCAGCGACCAGUGGGGCCUGCAGAUCCGGCCGCCCGGAUCCCGCGAGUUCGGCUUUGUCGCGCCCAAGGAAGGUUGCGCCGUCAUGAACGUGGGCGACUCGCUGCGCUUUGCGAGCGGCCACACGAUGCAGUCGUGCAUCCAUCGCGUCGUGCCCCUGAACUAUGACGAGCACCGCUACUCCAUCGCCUACUUCCUCCGCGCCGAGGACCAGACCAUGUUCACCGACAGCGAGGGCAGGUACAUUACCGCUGGCCAGUGGCACGACGAGAAGUUCUUUGCUUUCAAGGCCGAAGCCGCUGUCCAGGCCCUCGCCCCGUCCUCCAUGCUGCUCGGUGGCAUGGUCGAGGGCGCCGAGGUCGAGCCGCCUAAGGCUGCGCCUACCUCUGUCAAGGCGGCCGCUUAA